AUGCCUGGCGGAAAUGCACGCAACUCGUCUACCUCGCUUCCAGCUGCUGACAAGACCUGGGAGACUGUGCAGUCCAAGAAGCACUCCCUGGCGCCCCUCAACAACAUUUGUACAGAUUUUUCUGACGGCACAGCGCUAAUCCAUCUUUUGGAAAUAAUCGGCGAUGCCUCCCUCGGUCGCUUCAACCGCAACCCCCGCAUGCGUAUCCAAAAGGUCGAAAACGUCAACCUCGCGCUCGACUACAUCCGCUCGCGCAGCAUCAACCUGACGAACAUCGGCGCCGAAGACAUCGUUGACUCCAACCCCAAGCUGAUUCUCGGGAUGAUCUGGAUAAUCAUCCUGCGCUUUACCAUCGAAGAUAUCAGCGAAGAAGGGCUGAGCGCCAUGGACGGCCUCCUGCUCUGGUGUCAGCGCAAGACUGCAUCAUAUAAGGAGGUAAACGUGCAGAAUUUCUCCUACAGUUGGCAAAGCGGGCUUGCGUUCUGCGCGCUUAUCCACAGGCACCGGCCUGAUCUCCUGGACUACCAUGCGCUGGACAAGGAGGACAUGCGCGGAAACACUGCCCUGGCCUUUGACGUCGCCGAGCGCCACCUCGGUAUCCCCAAGCUCCUCGAUGUCGAAGACGUCUGCGACGUUAAUAAGCCGGAUGAGCGCUCGGUAAUGACCUACGUGGCGCAGUAUUUCCACGCGUUUUCGUCCCUGAGUAAGGCGGAGACUGCCGGCAGGCGGCUGGGCAAGUUCGCCGACGUCAUGCAGUCGGUCUUCGACCUGCAGCACGACUACGAGGUGCGCGUUGGCCAGUUGAUCGCCGCAGUACAUGCGAAGCAGGAGGAAUGGCGGCGCGCGCGGUUCGAACCCGUGUAUGCUGGCGCGCGUGCACACUCAGACGCCUUCAACGAGUAUAAGGCUGGGACAAAGCGGGCAUGGACGAAUGAGAAGCUUGAGCUGGACACCCUGCUGGGCAAUAUCCAGACCAAGCGGGUGACGUACAACCUCGCCCCCUUCGUGCCAAAGCCCGGGCUGGCGCCGCGCGACCUCGAGGCUGCGUGGAAUGAGCUAGCUGCUAGCGAGGUGCGCCAUAGGAAGGCCAUCAACCAGUAUAUUCGCGAAUCCCGCGAUUUGCUCCAACGCAAGUACGGCGCCGAGGCGAAUGGUAUUCAGGCGGCGCUUAAUGGCAUUUCGAAUGAGCUGGCGGCGCUUAGUGGUGGCCUGGACGAUCAGCUGGAUACUGUCAAUGGGCUGAUCACCAGGGCGCGGCCGCUUUCCGCCGCCCUGCGCCGCCUGGCGGAGCUCGAGCUGCAAUGCAGCCGCGCGAACAUUGACGAGCACGAUUACACGGUGUACUCCGUCGGCGACCUCGAGUAUGACUCGGGCAUGAUGAUGAAGGCGCUGGAGAAAAAGGCGCGGUUUAUCGAAAACCAAUCCGUCGUCCGCAACAUGACGAACCUGACGCCCGCGCAGCUGGAGGAGUUCGACGCCACCUUCCGUUACUUUGACCGCGACGGCACCAAUGUUCUGAAUGACGUGGAGUUCCGCGCGGCAUUGGACAGCCUGGGCCAUUUGUUCUCGGACAAUGAGUUCGCUGCUUUGUAUGACCAGCUGUCGUGUGGCUCGGAGUAUAUUUCCUUCGAAGUGUAUAUUCGCUUCAUGGUUGAAUUAACCGAGGACCAGACGACGCCUGAGCAGCUGCUGCAGUCGUUUAGCGUUAUUGCUGGGGACAAGGAGCAUGUUACAGAGGCUGAUUUGAGAAUGUCUGAGCUGUCGCCGCCGUCGAUUGCGUAUUUGGUUCGCGCUAUGCCGAGGUCUGAACUUUCCGCCGAUGGCUACGACUAUUUGGCAUACUUGCGCGGCGACAACUUUUUCGAGUGGGAGGCUGUAAUAUCCGGCCCACCAGACACGCCUUUCGAGGGCGGCAUAUUCACAGCAACCCUGACGUUCCCAAAGGACUACCCUCUGAACCCACCCACAAUGAAGUUUACUUGCCCCAUGUUCCACCCCAACGUGUACUCGAAUGGCGUCGUUUGCAUCUCCAUCCUGCACCCACCGGGCGACGACCCCAACCACUAUGAGAGCAGCUCUGAGAGAUGGAGCCCUGUGCAGAGCGUCGAGAAAAUCCUGUUGUCGGUCCUCAGUAUGAUUGCCGAGCCUAAUGAUGAGAGCGGCGCCAAUGUGGAUGCGAGCAAGAUGUGGAGAGAUGAUAGAAAGCAGUAUGAUGCGGUGGUUGAGGAGAUUGUGAGAAAGUCAUUGGGUCUGUGA